AUGAUUAUGGUUCAGGAAAAGGUAUCUGAACUACAAGAUAAGUUCCAACGCGCAAUGUUCAUGUAUUCGCAGUUGGAUAACGAAAAAUCAGCGCUGCUUUAUGAGAUUGAUUUGUUGAAAGAUGAUAUGGAAGAGAAGGAGCAACUGCUUUCGCAAGCAAAUCGAGAAUCCCGAGAUUUGACUUCUGAGGUGAAAUUGCUCAAGCGUACAGUGGACGGUUUGAAUGCUCAGCAUAUGGCAUUACGAGCCGAAAUUGCACAACGUGAUCAAAUUAUACAUGUUAGUAUUGGUGUACUUUUUUUUUCCCGUUCAACCCCACUGGUGUUUUCUCAGUCCACAAUAGCACUUAUCGAAAAAGCGGUGCCUGGUUCUUCUUCAAUUGACGAAAAAGUGAAAAGGCUCAACAAGAAGAUGCGUCAACAGGUGGAAGAAGCGGAGCAGUCGCUGUAUGCAAGAAGAACGGCUCGUGCUGAUUACGCUAACAGUGCUCAUAAUGGUGUACUGAACGAAGACCUUCAGAGAGACGCCGCGAAGCAGUUGGCCGAAAUCAAGUUCAAGCUGCAAGAAGCGGAACGUGAAAAUACCAAUUAUCAGGGCGUUCUUCGAGACAAGGAGAAUGCUUUGGACGAAGCCAAGGAAACAAAUCGUCAUUUGCAGAAUCGAAUCGAAAAACUACACGCCGAAUAUCAUUUUCACUUUUUUUUACCAGCACUCGAAUGCUAUUACUAUCAGUCGGCAUUUGUUGAUACGCCGAAUAUCAUUUUCACUUUUUUUUUACCAGCGCUCGAAUGCCAUUACUAUCAGUCGGCAUUUGUUGAUGUUGCAUGUUAUAGAUUUUUAUUAAUUUGA